ACAAUUGUUUAAUAUAAAACUAUUCACUUUAUAAUUCAUUAUAAUAAUAAAAAAAAAAAUCAGAAAUAAGUUUAGGAUUUUUUAAAAAGGAUUUAAUAGUUUUAUUUCACAAGGAUGCAUGAAAUUUAUUGAAAGUGACAUUUAUGAAAAGACUUAAAAAGAUUUAUAUAAAAAUGCACAAAAAUAUGAAGCACAGCUGUUUCAAUAAUGAUAAUAAUAAUAAUAAUAAUGAAUGUUUCUUGAGCAGCAAAUCAGCAUAUUAGAAUGAUUUCUGAAGGAUCACAUGACACUGAAGACUGGAGGAAUGAUGCUGAAAAUUCAGCUUUGAUCACAGGAAUAAAUUACAUUUUUAUUUAUAUUCAAAUAUAAAACAUUUAUUUUAAAAUUUGUAAUAACGUUUUACAAUAUUAUGUGUUUUUACUGCAUUUUUUCUUGGGUGUUUGUGGUUUUAAAAGGACAAUGCACCAAAAGAAAAAUAAAAUAAAAUAAAAUUGCUAUCAUUUACUAACCCUCAAGUUGUUUUCAAGUUUCCUUUGUCUGUUAAACACAAAAGAAGAUAUUUUGGAGAAUGUUAACAUUUUUCAAAAUAUCUUCUUUCGUGUUCAACAGAAGAAGAAACUCAUACAAGUUAAGGGUGAGUUAAUGAUGACAGAAUUAACAUUUUUAGUUGAACUAUCCCUUUAGAAAUGAGUCGUUGGGACACCGUUGUGGGGAAUGUAAAAAAAAGGGUUCUCUUUCAAAAAGUAUCCUGUCCCGCGGCAGAAUGGCUCCACCAAUCCGCCAUCACUGGUUUUCCAGCUCGUCUUGUUCACUUUCGUUUUAGCCUCGUCUGCUCGGAUCACAUCUGUCUUUGGUCUUGUGCCCAGAACACGUGCGCUCGCGGACCGGAGAGGUGUUUUGCGCGGCGGGAGGUGAUGCUAAUGCAUGGAAGGCCCGUUGGCAGCUUGCCCUCGCCCCCUUCCCCUUCCUCUCUGGUCCCCUGCCGCCCCUCUUUGAGAGCGUAGAGCUGCAAGGGUUCAGUGCAGGGGUCAACGACUUGCAGCUAUUCAACUCAAAACACCGCGGCCCAGAAAGAGAAGGCGGGAUGCCUUCAGCCACACAGGAGGCAUGCUAUUCUCUCGUCUUUUUCUCUUUCGCUUUCUGUUUUUUUCUUCUUCUAUGCUCUCAACCGCCGCGGAGCAGACAGGCUGGGUAAGUGUGUCUCCUCGACCAACAUGCGAGUGUUAUUCACAGCAGACGCUUUUGAACACUCACGUGUUUGCUUAGCUUUCAGUUUACGCGGUUUUGGGCUCUGUUUGUGAGCAGGACUGGGCUUAGCUAGUGGUCAUCUUCCUGCAGUUGCAGUCCGGAUGUAAACAAACGUAGCUCAGCUGGUGCCUGGGGCUUCCUGUGGUCUGUCAGAUAGCCAGACGCUAAUAGCAGAACACACACACACACACAGACUUACACAUGUGUCAACGGGUUUACGAUGACUGAUGUCACUACUACACAAUUUGAAAUGUUGGGACAGUGUUACGAAACUGAAGUUUUAUCCUGGGUGUUUUUUGUAAGUUAAUUAUCACUGUUGCUUAGAUUUGUUACAACUUGUCGGGGAGAGGUGCGCUAAUGCUUUUCUGAGCAUUCUGACUUUAGUUUUAUAAAACUGAUGAAGAAAUCCCACAGACUUGCAUUGGAGGAGAGACCUGAGUCAUAUCUAGAGAUCAGCAUAUCACAGAGACUUGAAGCUGCAAGACUCUCUUAGAAACUGUACAGCAACAACACUACAGCAAAUAGACAGAAACUAGUGGUGUAACGACUCACAAACAUGACGGUUCGGUAUGUAUCUUAGUUUUGAUGUCUCGGUUCGGUAUGUUUUCAUUACAGCAGGGAAAAAACACUGAACAUAAAUAGCUUUUUUCAAUUAUAAUUUACAUAAUUUACUUAGGAUAAAAAUCUACCUCACCUUAUGAUCUAAACUAUAGGGAGCCCUUUUACAUUAUUAUAAGGAUAGGAUUAACAACAAAGCCAAAAAUAAAAUUAAAUUAGUAUAAAAAAAACACUCAACAAAAAAAAAAGAUAUAUGCAAACAUGUUAAUUGCGCAACUAAAAAAAGAUAAAUGCAAACAUGUAAAUUGUGCAACUAAAAAAAGAUAAAUGCAAACAUGUAAAUUGCGCAACUAAAAAAAGAUAUAUGCAAACAUGUAAAUUACGCAACUAAAAAAGAUGUAUGCAAAAAGGUAAAUUGCGCAACGAAAAAAAAAUGGAAACAUGCAAAUUGCACAACGAAAAAAGAUAAAUGCAAACGUAAAUUGUGCAACUAAAAAAGAUAAAUGAAAACAUGUAAAUUGCGCAACUAAAAAAUAUAUAUGCAAACAUGUAAAUUACGCAACGAAAAAAGAAAUGCAAACGUAAAUUGCGCAACGAAAAAAAGAUAAAUGCAAACAUGUAAAUUGCGCAACGAAAAAAAGAUAAAUGCAAACAUGUAAAUUGCGCAACAAAAAAAGAUAAAUGCAAACAUGUAAAUUGUGCAACUAAAAAAAUAUAUAUGCAAACAUGUAAAUUGCGCAACUAAAAAAAAUAUAUGCAAACAUGUAAAUUGCACAACAAAAAGGUAAAUGCAAACAUGUAAAUUGCGCAACUAAAAAAGAUAAAUGCAAACAUGUAAAUUGCACAUAAUACAGUUUUUGAAUUAACUUCUAUCUAGAUGAAAAAUUUAAACUAUUUAGUAUUCUAUAGAAACCUCAUAGCAAUGCACUAAAACGAUCAGAACACCAGAGCAACUGCAUAGCAAUGCAAUUAAAACCAUUUAGAACUCUCUAGAAACCUUAUAGCAAUGCACUAAAAACAACUUGAUAGCAAAACACGCACAAUUGCGAGAAAAAUAUCAGAUUAGUGAGAAAAAAAAGUCAGAAUUGCAAGUUGUACAAUUCUGACUUGAUUUCUCGCAAUUGCAUGAUUGCAAUUCUGAGAAAAAAACACCUCACAUUGCGAGAUUUAAAAUUGCAAUUAUAAGGGGAAAAAAAAUCUGAAAUGUGACAUAAAAAGUCGUAAUUACCGCCAUCACAUCAGUUGAGCUUGAGAAGAAAACCAACCACAGAAGACAAUUUGCGCUAAUGUCUGCUAUUGCGCCCCUUGUGGCUGAGAACAGCACAUUUCUAAACGCAUAAGAUCAAACUAAAAGUUUUGUAUUUUGUGCAUCUCAAAAUCCUUUUAAAAACAUACCAACUGUAAUCGAUUGUCUUCAGAUGAUUUUAGCAGCAUCAGAAUGUCAGCAUACCUGUGAACACGGUAGACUUUGGCCUUUUUAUUUAUUUUUUGUCUCAGUCCAGCUGCACAGGAUAUACACCUACAGGCGUAUUUACACACCUGCCUCAUAUUCAGACCAUCCCGAUGCUGAAUUUCCCCCUGCGGCCGGGACAUUGUUUCUCUCUCCUGGUCGGCGGUCAGACUUUAUUGUGAGCGAGGGGUUCUCCUCUUCCAAACACAGCCUCUGAAAUCAACUCUUUUGAGUCCUCGUGAACAGUGUUGUGGCUCUCGGCUGAGACUCGCUGGCAGACGAGACACGAUGUGAAGCCAAGGCCGGUAGUUGGGGAAUAGCCGAACAGUGAGUAGAGAGGAGUGUGUUCACCUCGAGCCCUCCAGAGCCAUGCAUAGCAAGAACCAGAGGAGACACUGCUCGCCCAGCAGCUCCAGGACCCCUCUGGUUCCUGUCAAGGCCAAGAUGUCGGUGGGCCAGAGCGAGGUGGAGCCCCUUCCCUUCAGGGUUCCUCGUGAUUACCCACACUCACGCUUCAGCAAGGCACCGCUAGCUGUCUAUCCACCCAAAGGAGCCCGAGCCAAGGCCUGCAUGUCUUUACCUGUGGUGAGUCUGGAGAAGAUGCCGUGUUUCAAUCGAUCGGAGGGAGCGCACAUCAAAGUCACCUCCACGUCUCCCACGGCGGGGUCUUCUCUUUCUUUCUCCUCCACGUCUUCCUCUCCAUCUUCCGCUCCUGUCAAGUCCUCCUUGACAUCACCAGCAUCUCACAAGAACCAGGAGAAGUUCUUGAACGGUCGUGGUCCUGUGACGCCUCGCUCCACCACGCCCCCCUCGUUGAUUGACAGGCGGCCCAGCCCGUCACGAUCACCCUUGGAGAAACGCCCCGCCCCCUCGCCCUCCCCACAGGACAGGAGACCUGCAGUCUCCACUUCUCCAUCCCUAUUGGACCGGAGACCUAUAGCCCCUCCUUCUCCACCAGACAAGAAGCAUCAGAACGGAGCCAAAGGCGGGCGACACCGGAGAGUGUCGGGGAGAGUGUUUGAUCCGAAUAAACACUGUGGGGUUUUGGACCCAGAGACAAAGCGGCCUUGCACUCGAUCUUUAACCUGCAAGACUCACUCUCUAACCCAUCGACGAGCCGUCCCGGGACGGUGGAAAAACUUCGACAUCCUUCUAGCAGAGCAUAAGGGACGGCCGAAGGAGACGGGGCAAAAAAAGGAUGUUCAAGCAGGCAGCCAAUCAGUGCAGAUCACACAGUCACAUGACUCCGCAACCAACCUAUCCACAAGCUGUACAAAUGCCAAGACCACGCCCACUCUUAAACCGCAGCUGGCCAAUUCACACUUACACAGAGCGUCUGGCGGCAGCGGUGCAGUCGUGUUCAGCUCUGCACCUGUUCCUCCUCCUGAACCCACGCUCGGCUGGCAGCAGUGCAGCGGAGACACACGUCUGUCCAGCGAUGAAGGAGAGACCGACCUCCCUGAGGAGUCGGAGAAGAUGCUGUGCCACUAUUCUCCACAGCACCCGCGUCCCAUGAGUUGCUGUGCGUUCAGCAGUCGGUUGAUGGGACGGGGACACUACGUGUUCGACCGGCGGUGGGACCGGGUUCGGCUGGCGCUCCACUGUAUGGUGGAAAAACACGUCAACUCUCUCAUGUGGAGGAAAGUCCCCCUAGCGGUGGAGAGCAUGACGAGCCCGACCGAAGUUUCUCCCCUCGGCUCUCCGUUCGUCCCCAACCACGCACUCGCGGUUCCUCUGGACGGCGUCUCCAUGGUCUCCUACUCCACCUCUUUCUCUCAUAACGGCUCUGGGGUUUUCUGCAUCCGGGACCCCGGACCCACACCGCAGCGGAAUAAACCGGCUAAAAAAGCCUCAGGGGACGGAGCGGGACCUAAGAAGCGGAAAGCACCUCCGGCCUCUGAGUCACGAAAGAGCGGGAGCAGCGGGAACAGCUACCAUCUGCCAUCUGCGCACAUCAGUAACGGGACCGCGGCCCUCAGUGUGCGGGCCAAGCCACGGCCAGGGGCCCCGGGGCCGAGGGAGCAGGACAGGUAUGGGAGCGUGGAGCUGUCCCUCCCGCAGGCGCUCACCGGGGAUCACGGGGGCGUCUCGUCCCACAGUCCACUGCCCUACGGAUCCUCCGAUGGGAGGAAGAGAAAGAGCUCUGGAUCGAGCACCAGCAGAAGCACCAAAUCCACAGCACUGGACGGGAUCUUCAGGAAGAGCAGCAGCGGUUUACUGUCGUCUGUCGCCGAGUCGCCCCACAGCGCCCUCCACAGACAGCCCAAGGUCCCUCACUGAUGCAGUGUGAGUUUGAGAAGAGCUUGGGACGUCCUGUGAGGUCCUGCCUUGAUCCCACCACUGCCUCUACGGUUGAGUCGUGUCCUCCUUUCCUACAGCUUCUUCCGUUCAGUUCCCAUUAGGAAUAAAUGCUUCAUCUGCCAGUUUCUCAAACAAUGAUUUCUCACGUUUCCUCUCAUGCAGAUUCAGAUUUUGAUUUGACCAGUACACAACACGUUUCAGACAUACGGAGUUUCUUUUUUUUCUUUUUAACGUAGGACAACAUGAAGGAAAACCCUUCAGACUCAACCGUGUCGAUCUAAAGUGCACUUAAUUUCAAGUCUGAGGAGGGGAAAAAACGUUUCAAACAAGGGAAUAUUUUACAGACGCUUUUUCAGCAAGCUGUAUUUUUCUAAAUUGGAUGAAUUCAGGUUAUCGAGUUUUUGUUUUUGAAAAAAAAGAAAAAAAAAAGAAGCCAGGACUGACACCUCUGUGGUAAAUUAACUUUAACCAGUGAUGAAUUUUGUAUAAUAAUCGAUCCUUUAUUAAUUUUCUAACUGACCUGAUUAGUGCUUCACACAUUAAGCAGAAGUAUAUUUGUAUGCCAUUUUAAAGUAUUACAGAGACCCUGUUGUUGGAAAUGUGUGUACAUAUCUUUUAUUAUAAUUGUUUUGUUUUGUAUUUAUUGUUCGUAUCGCUCGGAGGUUCAAGGAUUUAGUGGUUUCUUAUCUUCCUCAGUCAUAUGUAUCUUCACAAACCUUAAGAUGGUUGAUUAUGAAAGGGCCUUUCCAUUUAUACUCUCUGAUUAUGUUUUUAAGGAAUACUAACAGAAAAAUGAUGAUGUACCCACAGGAUCCCAGUGUUUUCUAGAGGAAAGGUACAUUGCUGUGAGCCAGUAUUGGCAGUCGGCCGAGGUCUGUUGCCAAUUUAGUUUUUUAAAGAUGUUGUUAGGUCAUACGUGCUACUUUUAGUGUUUGACCAUCAGAAAUGAAGAGCUUCUCAAAGAGUUAACGGAGAGAUGAUUGGCUGUUUACUCUCUAUUUACACUACCGUUUUAUUUUUAUUGAGCAAGGAUUCGUUAAAUUGAUCAAAAGUGAAAUUAAACUUAAAAUUCCUCAAAGAAUCACAGUUUCCACAAAAAUAUGAUAAAUAUUAGAAUGAAUUCACAAGGAUCAUGUGACACUCAAGACUGGAGUAAUGAUGCUGAAAAUACAACUUUGCAUCACCAGAAUAAAUUACAGUUUAAAAUAUAUUCAAAUAGAAAACAGUUAUUUUAAAUUCUAAUAAUAUUUCCCCAUUUUUAUUGUUUUUACACUUUUUUUUUUAUCAAAUAAAUACUUAUUUUUUUUCAAAAACAUCCUUUUUUUUAAUAGCAGUGUAAGUGUUCCUGGCCUAUUUUUGCAUAAUUGUAAUAAACUAUAUGGCAAUAUUGUGUCACCAUGAUAACUUUAAAAAAAGGAAGUCCCACUGACUCUCCCUGAAUAUUCAGUUUUACAUUGAAAUUGCAAGAGUAAAAUGGAUUGUAAAUGGAAUUUCAUGUUGACAUUAAAUGUGAAGUGCAAAAAAUUGCACGGAAUUGCAAAAUAAUGAUGAUUUCCAAACAGGUUUCCAGAUCAUUGUGGUUUUGCAUUGAGAUGUUUUUUUCAUAAUUUACAAUUCAGCUCCAUGUUCUCUUGUUUAAUCUCUGAGAAGCUCUUCAUCACUAGCAUAAAUAUUUGAAUAUUUAAAGGAACAGUUCACCCAAAAAUUUACUGAAAAUGUACUCACCGUCAGGCCAUUUAUGAUGAAGAUGAGUUUGUUUCGUCAUCAGGUUUGAAGAAAUGUAGCAUUUCAGGUGUAUCAUUGAGAUCCUGUGGCUCAGUGGUAGACCAUUGUGUUACCAGUGCAAAAGAUUUUGGGUUAAAUUUCCAGCGAACACACAUUACUGGUAUAAAAAAAAAAAAAAAAAAAGAUUAUAGCCUGAAUGCACUGUACAGUAUGUUGCUUUGGAUAAAAGCGUCUGCUAAAUGCAUACAUGUAAAUGUAUAUAAUUUGCUCACCAAUGGAUCCUCUGCAGUAAAUGGGUGCCGUCAGAAUGAGAGUCCAAACAGCUGAUAAAAACAUCACAGUAAUCCACGAUGUAUUAUAAGACUUGUAUUUUAGUUAAACAUCUCUUAAUGAUGGAUUUGUUUCUUACAAACAAGCAGCUUUUCACUUCACAAUGUUCAUUGAUGGACUGGACUGGUGUGGAUUAUCAGCUGUUUGGACUCUCAUUCUGACGGCACCCAUUCACUGUGAUAUAAUGCUACAUUUCUCUAAAUCUGAUGAAGAAACAAUCUCAUCUACAUCUCGGAUGACCUGAGCGUUUUGUCUGAACUGUUCCUUUAAGCCAACAACACUUUUUUAUUUUUUGGUUUUGAGUACUAUUUUAUUCAUAAAAAGUAUUGAUACAAAUAAUCAUGUAUAGUUGUUCUGACUGUGUAAAGACGAUAUGCUCUGUGAACCCAGCUUGUGUUUGCUGUGACAGCUCUUCACUCCUGAUUAUUACCGUGAUGCCUUGCUGCCAAUGCGAAACUGUCCAUAGGUCAGAGCUAGAAACCAACCCCGGAUCCCUUCCACACCAUCUUUUAUGCGUGAAGUGCUUCCAUUUGCAUUUGAAGCUGUAAUGUUUCGAGGUCAAGCGGCGGUGAAGGUUCCCCAGUCCACACCGAGUCUGGAUGAGGAUGUUCGGUUACAUGUUUUGCCUUUUCCCAAUGCACGCCAGUCAUUCGAGAUUAUUCUAUUGAAUUAUUGACAUGAUUAUAUAAACCGAAUGAAUUUGUAAUGUGGUCAAGAUCUGAUCAUGGUACCCCUUUUUUGACCUUAUGGCUCUUUCUUUUGGUCCAAUAGUGCCACAAAUCUGUGUACUACAGUUCGACAGGAAACGUUGAACUGUAACUAAGCUAUGAAGUAUUAGAAUUAUACAUUAUUAGGUCCUUGUCAACACAUCCCUCUUGUAGAAAUUAAGGAAUGUCACCAUGGCAUAGCAGUGCAAUUUUUAUUUAAAUAUGUUUUAAUUUCUUUUAAUUUUCUCUCUUAAUUUUUUUUUUUUAAUUCUUCCUUUUUUUAUGAUUAUUAUGGAAGCCCAUUUUCUUCACGAAAUAAAAAAUUAUUAUUAUUUUUUUUUUUUGCAAUUCUAUCAUAAUUAUGAUUUUAUGUAUUUCACAAUUUGUAUUUUGUUCCUUGCAAUUCAAAUUGUGAGAUACAAUCUCAAAAAUCACUUUUUGUCGAGUGUUUAUAUAUAUCUGUUGCGAGUUUAUAUCUUCUAAUUCUUAGAAAAAAGUCAGAAUUGUGAAAAAAGUUGCCAUAAUAUAUAUCAAUAUUUAUUCUCAUGUUUUAUUUGUUUUAUAGUUUUAAAUUUUGCUUUUUUAUUUUUAUAUUUACUUUUUGCUUUUUAUUUUUUUAUUUAUUUCUUUGUGUGUGUGGAGGGAACUGCAUUUUAUUUUUUUGUCUCAUUCAUUUUUUUUUAUUAUUUACUUUUUUCAAUAGUUUAAUGGCUGAUUUCAUAAACAAUAGCGUGAGAUUCCAAUCCUCAUUGGUUUAAUUUGAACGUAAGCUACAUUUCCAGUUACACAUUGAACUCAAAAUCACACGCGGAGUUUUCUGUGAAAAGACACACGGCUUGCUUCCACGUCAAGGAAAAUGCCUGAAGCAAUAUGAAUUAACUCUGUAAUGUUCUCCAUUCUGUUCAGUUGGUCUACUGAUAUGUAUUGUUGCAUGUGUGCAUACUACUACUUUGCCAUUAUUAGUGAAUGUCAUUGCUAGCUAGAUGGUUUGUCAUAACACUGCAAAAGCAGCACUGUUCAUGAGCUUAUUCCUAACCACAUCACGGUCCACUUUUCCUCUCACAGAUGCUUAUGUUGUAGAUGUAUUAUAGCCACACCUUCAGUGCUUCGACCUGACCCAGCCAUAACAAUUGUAAAGAUUUCGAAGGCCUUAUUUUUAUACCUGGACUGCUCGUACAGAAUCUCUCAAGCUGACAGAAGAGGUGUUAAUAGGCAUUUUUCUCAUUCCUAAAACAAGCUCCUGUGUCCUUUCUACAGUUUGUGUCCUGUUGGCCCAUGUGUUCUCAAUGAUAUAGAUGUGUAUUUUCAGGUUUGAUGAUAUUUGCAUUUCAGCUGUUACAGAAAUACAUUUUUCUUACCUGCU